UCUAAUGAGCAGGAUGUAACAGGCCGAGCAGAUGAGUCACUAAGUAAUCUUGAGAGAAGAUAUUCAAGCAGUUACGAGACAGGGAAACUUUACGAGCUAGUAACUGUCUUUUGGUUGCGCCGCUUUCUAUUCGAGGUCACUCAUAGUGGCAAGAGAGGGGAUCGUGGCGUGGAUUUUCGCGGCUGUUUCAAACUUAAAGAACAAUUGUUUCCCGUUGUGGGCCAAUGCAAGUACCACAAGCGGAAAAUGGCUAGAGUUGGCCCCUCUCACGUGAGAGAAAUGGAGGGUGUACUUAGUCAAGAGGGAGAGGCGACUCUAGGUGUUCUAGUCAACAAUAUCGGCUUUACCAGUUUGGCAUAUGAACAUUUUAUGAGCUCUCCCUUACCACUUAUAUUUGUUGUGAUCACCGACAGACAUAGAUUGUCUCUUGUGUCUGGAAUCACAUUGACCAAGAAGUUGGAUAGUCAUGAUAAGUUGGGCCAAACCAAGCUUAAAUGGCAGUUACAAGCUGAUGCGGUUUGCGGUGGCAGCAAAGAAAAAGAUAAGGUUUUAAAUCAUGAUGCAGCCACUGAUCGAACACUUGAUUGUAAUGAUCAACAACAGAACAUGGCAAAUCAACAGACACCACAAAAUAACUGUGGUAAGAAAGUAAUUGAAAGAAAUUCUGAUGCUUACGACGGCUGGAGACUGAGUUUAUUUGAGUUGAACCCACCAGCAAGAACACUUCUACCUAAUCUUGUCAUUGGUCUUACUAUGGGUACUGAUGGACACAGGGUACCCAAUCUCAUGGCCUUGACAUUAUAACUUAGGUUUUCAGUAGUGGAUGUAGGGGGAGGGUUUAGGGGGUUCACCCCCCAUCCCCCCAUCAACUUAAGGCUGCCAGAAAGCCUAUGUAACAAACAAAUUACCCCCUACCCCCUUUGUCACUGAGCCAAACCCCCCCCCCCUUUAGCGAAAAGCUAGAUCCGCCCCUGGUUUUUAAAAGGGAGGACAAACAUUAAACAAAACCAGGCAUGAAACAAUGUGUUUAUUUAUAUUAUUACAAAAUUAUAAAAGCUGUUUGAUUACAACCUGUGAAGUCUAAGAAAAAUGAAUUGGCGAGUCAAGCCAAAAUAAGAACGGAAAUGACUGCAAUAAAAUCCCAAUGAAUAUACCCCUCUGUGGCUGAUUAGCACUGACUAUGUUGCUUUUGGUUGUAGUUAUUUUGCUGCUAGGUAAAAGCCAGAGUGCGCAACAAGUUUGCCACCCGAAUAAUCUUAAUUAGGCAUGGAAAAAUAUGUGUAUUUACAUGUUAUUACAAAAAGUUUUAAGCUGUAAUUCACGAUUAAUUGAAUUUUACCCUGCCUUAAAAUUAGACAUUGGACCUCAGUUUAGUAGGUUUUAAGCCAUUUUUAUCUACUGCUUGUAUUAGUAAUAAUAAUGAUAAUAAUCCCAAGAGAGCUAAUGCAAGUGAAUACAGAGAAUGUUUGAACAUUGUAGCAUGCAACAUAGCCGCCAUCUUAACCCCUCCCCCCCCCCCCCCAUUCUUCAUUUUUGCUCAAAAUCCAAGAUGGCGGUAAAUCGCUCGAGGUCGGUUUUUCGCUGUAAAAAAAAACACCUGGCUGGUAAGCGCCUGCUUUGCUGGCUAGAUGAGGUCCAAAA